AUGGCUCCUUGCUGUACCUUGCUCUCUCGCUCGAACACCGAUGCAAGCAGCGCACCGCUCAGCCGAACGGUCAUCGCAGGCAUUGCCGUCGCCUGCGCCAUCACCAGCGGUGCAGUCCUAUGGCUCAUAAUUUAUUGGAUGAGGAAGAGAGGUGCUGCAAAGCGCGCCGACGCGCGAGGCGCUGCAUUCCUCUCCGUUCGCGGCGUAGUUAACGAGGGCAAGUCUAUCCAUUCCGGCCUCAUCUCCCCCCCGACGCUGCAGGCUACCACAUUCUCCCGCGCACAGCUGACCCCAAGCAUAAUCAUGCCCGCCAAGGCCGUCCUUUCUAAAGAUGCUACCCGUGACGAAAUCAUCGCCCACUACACCGCCCUCGGCGUCCUCCCCCGCCCUUUCUCCCCCGUCUCCAUGCUCCCACCCAACACACACGACAGCCAAAAUACCAGCACAAGCCCCAGUCCGGGCUCUAAGCGCACGAGCCGCCUCCCGCCCUUGCGCCCCAAGUCUGUUAUGUCCCUCGCUUCCGUGCGCAGUAGCACAUACUCCCACCGCCGGCUCUCCUCCGCAGGAUCAUCGCUCACCAUCAUCAGCGAGGAUGCACGCCGCCGCGUGCGUCAGGCGUUCAAAUCGACGCUGCUCGACGAGCUCACUCUAACCUCUGGCGAGCGCGUCUCCGUCGUGCAGAGCUUUGACGACGGCUGGUGCGUUGUCGGUCGGGACACGCACGGCAACGGCGACGUCGAACUCGGCGCGGUCCCUGCGUGGGUGUUCCUGAAGCCCGUGAAGGGGCUCAGGACCGAGCGCCCUAUCCGCACGACGAGCCUCGGCGUCACCGUUGGGAUGGACAAGUCUCGCGUGGCGAGGGAGGAUGUCAUUUCGUGGUCAAAUUUCUGA